GCAACUCUCACCAGUUAAUCUCUUUCAUAUAUAAGCAACGCGUCAACUCCUUUGAAACCCUUGUGCUCUCCGUUUCUUCUCACAUCAGUUGCAAUCUUCGAAAAGGUAAGUGAGAAAUGGUGAAGCAUAACAAUGUUGUGCCUAAUGGGCACUUCAAAAAGCACUGGCAAAACUAUGUCAAGACUUGGUUUAACCAGCCCGCGAGAAAGACUAGGCGUCGCAUUGCUCGUCAAAAGAAGGCCGUAAAGAUUUUCCCUCGUCCGACGGCGGGCCCUCUUCGCCCCAUCGUUCAUGGGCAGACUUUGAAGUACAAUAUGAAGCUCAGGGCUGGGAGAGGCUUCACGCUUGAAGAACUUAAAGCUGCAGGUAUUCCCAAGAAGCUUGCUCCAACCAUCGGUAUAUCAGUUGAUCAUCGUCGUAAGAACCGAUCUCUGGAGAGCCUCCAAGCCAAUGUUCAGAGGCUGAAGGCAUACAAGGCCAAAUUGGUUGUCUUCCCAAGACGUGCUCGCAAGGUCAAGGCUGGUGAUUCUGCUCCAGAGGAACUGGCAACAGCAACUCAAGUGCAUGGUCCCUACAUGCCUAUCACCCUUGAGAAGCCUACGGUGGAGCUUGUUAAAGUUAGUCAAGAGAUGAAGUCAUUCAAGGCAUACAACAAGCUGCGUGUGGAGAGGACGAACACCCGCCAUGUUGGUGCAAGGCUGAAAAAGGCUGCAGAGGCUGAAAAGGAAGAGAAGAAGUAAAAUGAGGUCCGAAAAUAGGCAGCAACAUUUUGGAGUCUAAUGAAUGUCUGCUUUUUGCACUUAGAUUUCAAUUUUGAUUCUUUUUGUUAUAGUUAUCUGGAACUCGCAGAAUUAGUUUUGAUGACAUGGGUACAGUUUGAGGUUUAAGAUUUCUUGGCCAUCAUUUGUGUGAACCUUUGCGGGUCUUGUUUUCUGAGAGUUUUAUUUAUAGAGGUUAAGUUCCAAUA